AAAAAUCAUAACAAAACAAAUCUGCCCUCAAAAAACAUUGUAGGUACAACAUUUUUAUUUAAAUCAAAGUCGAUAUAACUUGAGUUCACUCUCAAAUCACGUUCAAAUCGGAGAAUAUAGUGUUUUGGUGUCUUUAUUUAUAAAAAUUGAUAAAUGUCGGAAUGGAUCCAAAUUUAUGCCGAGUAUGUUUGAGUAAAACCGGUACAAUAUCUCUCUUUGAAAAUCAUGGAAGUAUUCAAAAUUGUGCUAAAAUUAUGCGAUUUGUUAAUGUGCGUAUUGUGGAGGGCGAUGGGUUGCCGGACACUAUUUGCGAAGGCUGUGCCAUUGAGCUGAGCGUUUCUUAUGACUUCGUGCUCAAAUGCGAAACAUCAGACAAGGCUCUCCGUUGCAUGCUCCCUGACGCCUUCCCCGAUGUCGGGCCCAAAAUCGAACUCGAAGACAUCAACGCAGACGACAUUAAAGAUGAACUAGACUUCAUUGAUUAUGAUAGUGACCAAUUACUUGAUACAAUUAAGCAAAAUUACUCUGAAAGCCAACUUUUGAGGUGCAAAGCUGACAAGAAGAAACAAAUUAAAAAGUCAGAUGGUGAAGUUGAACCAGAUAAUAUAAGAAAUAGUGUUCAAAGGGACCUAGAUCAAUUUACAGACAUAUUAGAAUCUUAUUCAAAACAAGAAGCUGAUAGACAAACAAGUAAAAAUGAUAGGAGAAAGCAGAAACGCUCUAAAAGGGGACCAGUGCAUUGUCAAGUAUGUGGCCUGAUGACUGCCUGUCAGUCGGCACUGGAGACUCAUUUGAGGACACACACAGGAGAGAAACCUUUCCAUUGUCACAUGUGCAAGGCACAAUUUAGAGCUAAGGGUGGCCUGAAAAACCAUAUUGAGGCCCGACAUUCGAAAAGAGAAAGAAAAUUUACUUGUGAGAUGUGCGGAAGCAGUUUUUAUAGGAAAAAUGAUAUUAUAAUUCACAUGAGGACCCACACUAAUGAGAAACCAUAUGUUUGUUCAUAUUGUUCACAAGGGUUUAGACAGAUUGCUACUUUAAUACGACAUAGACGUCGCCACACUGGGGAGAAACCAUAUUCUUGUGGCAUUUGUGAUAAAAAGUUCUCAGAUAAAUGUCUUGUCAAAAAACAUUUGAUUGUCCAUAGUGAUGAGAAGAACUACACCUGUCAUCUUUGUAGCAAGUCUAUGAAAACUAAGGGUGCUCUUACGGCCCACUUGAACAUCCAUACAAAUCAAAAGCAGAAUGUGUGCACUUUCUGUGGAGCAGCCUUUAGUGUGAAAGGAAACUUGCAGACUCACAUUCGUCGGAUCCACUCUGAGAAAUCAGGUCAAUGCUCAGUUUGCUUGAAAACCUUUCCAGAUGUGGCAGAGCAUAUGAGAAAGCAUACAGGAGAAAAGCCAUUUAUAUGUAAACUUUGCAACCAAAGUUUUGCCAGCAAGAGGAGUCUCACACAACACACUGCAUUCAAACAUGAAAAUGUUGCUAAAUUCAAAUGUUCUAUAAGAAAUUGCACUAGAACAUUCCCUACAGCCGUGAUGCUGGAGUUCCAUUUACUCAAGCAGCACACCAACAACACUCCAUACAUCUGCCAACAUUGCUCUCGAGGUUUCUUCCGCACUUGUGACCUAUCUCGGCAUCUCAGAGUCAGUCAUAUGGACAUUCAAAUUAAAGGGCAAACAAAUAAUACAUAAUUUGUUUAUGUAGAAAAUAUUUGUAGUUUUUAAGUUUAGUCUUGUUAGUUAGACUUGAUUAUGUCAUAUUUAUACAUUUAAAAAAUGAACUAGUCAACUUUAUAAUAAUAAAAUAUGUAUUAUGGUAA